CCCCAGCAGCAGCAAGCAGCAGGAGCCGACCGAGGAAGCUCCAGUCUGACUCUCAUUGUGUGUGUGUGUGUGAGGAGAGACGGAGGCAGGCACAGGAGCUCCUGUAAAGCCUCCUGCCCACGCAACUUUCCCACCAGGGUUCCCCCCUCCACCACACACACUGAGUCAACCCCCCUCUUCUUGCAGCAUCCCCAGCCCCUGGAAUCAGGACCUCCUACCCCAUUUCCACCCCUUACUCCUGGAGGUCACUUUUAUUUUUGUGCACAAGUUGCUGCAUCUUUGGAGGAAGAAAGAAGCCAUAGAAGGAAACUGGGGUCAGAUCGUCCCCAGGGGAGAAUUGGGGGAAAAUCCCUAAUUUUUAACCCAACUCCCUCCCCGUUUUUUGCAUUUGGUAGGUUAUUUUUUGCGGGGGGGGGGUGAAGCAUCUGGAAUUUCAGGUGUUGGGAGCAAAGGGGUUUGUUGGAAAGUCCCCCCCUCAUUUCAGGGGAGUUUGGGAAACUUUUGAAUGGGAGGAAAGAUUUCAAUCUGGGAAAAGAAACCCUGAAAUCCUACCCCCUUUGCAGGGAAUUUUGGGGAUCCCUCCACCCUGGGAUCCGCCCCCCAUGGAUUUUUCUGGGGUUGUAAGUUUCGCCCCUUCGCUGUUUUAAUUUUGGAUUGUUUCAAGUCGCCGCCGACCAGCGCGCGCGUGUCCUCCACCCUGAACCAGAGCUAAAGGGGGGGAUUCCUGUGGUGGAGGGGGCCGCAAAGCAGAGGGAGCUGGGGGGGCAAUGCCUUCCGUGAUGGAAAAAUCCGGCCCAGCCUCCGGGAUCCUGUCGAGGAGCCGGGCGAAAUCGGCCACCAAUGGCAAUCAUCAGACCUCGGAGGAUGAGAGCAGCGAAGAAGAGCAUUCGCACGACAGCAUGAUUCGGGUGGGGGCCGAUUACCAAGCUGUGAUCCCUGAGUGCAAGCCAGAAAGCCCCGCUCGCUACAGCAACAAGGAGCUGAAGGGGAUGCUGGUCUGGUCGCCCAACCACUGCGUGUCAGAUGCCAAAUUGGACAAAUACAUUGCAAUGGCCAAGGACAAGCAUGGCUACAACAUUGAGCAGGCCCUGGGGAUGCUGCUGUGGCACAAGCAUGAUGUGGAGAAGUCUCUGGCUGACCUGGCCAACUUCACGCCCUUUCCAGACGAGUGGACGGUGGAGGACAAGGUGCUAUUCGAGCAGGCGUUCAGCUUCCAUGGCAAGAGCUUCGCGCGCAUCCAGCAGAUGCUCCCUGACAAGCUGAUCCCCAGCCUGGUGAAGUAUUACUACUCCUGGAAGAAGACAAGGAGUCGCACGAGUGUCAUGGACCGACAGGCCCGCCGGCUGCUCAGCAAGAAGGAGAGAGAUGACAGUAACGACGAGAUGGAGGAGGGACGGGCAGCCAGCGAGGGGGAGUUUGAUGCCAUGGACCCCAAGAAGGAGCCAAGCUACCAGAAGCUGCCGAGCAGCCGGCCGGGCCCAGGAUCGGGCUCAGGACCUGUGAGGAAGGAGGCGCAGCUGUCGCAGUAUCGGCACCACCCACUGCGCUCGCGCCGGCGCCCCCCCAAGGGCAUGUACCUGAGCCAGGACGACAUCGCUGGCAUAUCGGCUAGCCCUGACGUGGGCACCCUGGCGCUGCGCCACCUCGACUCACAGCUCGUCUCCCUCAAGCGCCAGGUAACCCCGACCCCCCAUCACACCUGCCAACCCCCCAGCCCUGCCAUGGGCACCCUGGCGCUGCGCCACCUCGACUCACAGCUCGUCUCCCUCAAGUGCCAGGUCCAGUGCAUCAAGCAGAUCAACAGCAGCAUGAAGCAGGCCCUGGAGGGUGGGAUCGACAAGCUGCGGCCCCCCGAGGGGAACGGCAAGUUCAACUCACGCUGGACAACAGAUGAGCAGCUGCUGGCUGUGCAGGCCAUCCGCAGGUAUGGUAAGGAUUUCCAGGCCGUGGCUGGGGUGAUCGGCAACAAGACGCUGGCCCAGGUGAAAACCUUCUUUGUCAGCUACCGGCGCCGCUUCAACCUGGAGGAGGUGCUGCAGGAGUGGGAGGCUGAGCAGGGGGGAUCCCCAAGGGGCCGCUCCCCGCCCCAUGACACCAAGAGCUCCAGCGUCUCACUGGCCAGCAGUGAGGACGACGAUGAGGUGCAGAUCACAGCCGUGUCCCGCUCUGCCCAGCAGCAGCUGCAGCCCCCAGCGUCCAGUGCAGCAGCUCUACCCCCUGCAUCCCCCCGGCUGCCGCCCACCACACUGUCGCAGCCUCCCCCCUUGCUGCGGCCCAUGCUGCCCACAGCACCCACGCUGCACCGCCAGCCGCCCCCCCUCCAGCAGGGUCGCUUCCUGCAGCCCAGACUGUCGCCCAACCAGCCACCCCCACCACUCAUCCGCCCUGCUGCCUCCCGCCACCACGGGCGGGGGCCCCAGCACCCCUCCUCACUGGUGGGCAUGGCUCUGGAGCCCCCUCCCCCGUCCUCCAGCUCCCUCUGAGGUGAGGGGGGAGGAGGACAGCUGAAGCCCCCUGCUUCCUUAGUGCCCUGGAUCCUGCUUGGUUAAGGGGUCAGGGCCUCCAUCUACCCCAUAGUAACACACUAGGGGUGGCUCUAGGACCCCCCCCCCAGGGGAGGGGAGAGACUGAAGAACUUGCAUUGGCUGAACCUAACCCCUCUGGGGAGCAGAGGACCCCCACAGGGUGGUCCAUUUGGGCUCUAGGCAAAAUCCAGGAAGGGGCGUGGGUACCAAUGCCAGCUGUGGGGGUAGUGGGGGGGAAUUUUUUUUACUUGUAGAGGGAUCAGUUCAAUGGGGUGGCAGCCCCCUUCUGGUGAGCCGUGCCCCAUGCAGGACAGGGACCCCCCCCUCAUCUCUAGGAGCCUCAACAGGGGGUUGGGGGGCUCCCUCCUGUGGCUGAAUGAGCUGGGGGUUGCAUCUCCUGAGGGGGGGAGGGGCACAGGAAUGUUCUACUGGCACUGGGGUGGGGGGGAGCUGACACCAGCCCCCGGCUGGCAGAACAGUUGCUGGGGGGCGGUUGUGUGUUGAGGGGCAGGAGUAGCACAAAGGUACCCCCAUGGGGCACAGCUCCCUCACCUUGGGGGGGCAGCACAGGCUCCCGGGGGGACCUGAGUGCCAGGGUCCAGGUAAGGGGGUAACCAGUGAUAACGCUGGGUGAGGCACCUGCAGGAGAGUUGGGGGGAGCAGCAUUGAAGAGGCCUUGGAAGAAGCACAGAGCUGGGGAGUGGGGGUCAGGCAUCCCCCCUCCCCCAU